GAAACUCUGAGUACACUGGAAUAUGCUCAUAGAGCAAAGAACAUAUUGAAUAAGCCCGAAGUUAAUCAGAAACUCACUAAAAAAGCUCUUAUUAAGGAGUAUACAGAAGAGAUAGAACGUCUGAAACGAGAUCUUGCUGCAGCCCGGGAGAAAAAUGGAGUGUAUAUUUCUGAGGAAAAUUUUAGAGCCAUGAAUGGAAAAUUAACUGUUCAAGAAGAACAGAUUGUUGAAUUGGUUGAAAAAAUUGGUGCUCUUGAGGAGGAGCUAAGUAGGGUUACAGAGUUGUUUAUGGAUCAUAAGAAUGAACUUGACCAGUGUAAAUCUGACCUGCAAAAUAAGACACAAGAACUUGAAACCACUCAGAAACAUCUGGAAGAAACUAAAAUACAGCUUGUUAAAGAAGAGUAUGUCUCUUCAGCUUUGGAAAGUACUGAGGAGAAACUUCAUGAUGUUGCCAGCAAG